CGUUGGAACAUCGGUUGCAUUUGCAGCAAUUAUUCCUCUCGAUCCAUCGAACGGAAUCCAAGCCGGGCUCCUGAGUUCCCCUAUUUAAGCAGCAGCAAUGUCGCAAUCAUUCCUCACCUCCAAAAUCCAGUCGCCACAACAUCCAAAGCUAGCUGCAAAGCCGUGCUACUUAUCUUGAGCACAACACACAGUCUUCUACUGCUAGCUGAGUCUGCGGAGUCCAGGAGAAGAUGACGGGGAAACGUUCCGUGCGUCUGUUCGCCGCUGUUCUGGCAGUAGCACUGUGCUUUGCGCCGGCCAAGUCCGACUGGCUUCCGGCCACCGCCACCUUCUACGGCGAACCGGACGCCUCCGGCACCAUGGGUGGUGCGUGUGGGUACGGGAACCUGUACGACCAGGGUUACGGGGUGAGCAACGCGGCGCUGAGCACGGCGCUGUUCAACGACGGGGCGUCGUGCGGGCAGUGCUACCUGAUCAUCUGCGACACGAGCAAGACCGGGUGGUGCAAGCCCGGAACGUCCGCCACGGUGUCCGCCACCAACUUCUGCCCGCCCAACUGGACGCUCCCCAACGACAACGGCGGCUGGUGCAAUCCUCCCCGCUUCCACUUCGACAUGUCCCAACCUUCCUGGGAGACCAUCGCCAUCUACCGCGCCGGCAUCGUCCCCGUCCUCUACCAACAGGUGAAGUGCUGGAGGUACGGAGGGGUGAGGUUCACGAUUGCAGGGUUCAACUACUUCGAGCUGGUGCUGCUGACCAAUGUCGGAGGGAGCGGGUCGGUGAAGAGCAUGGCCGUGAAGGGGCCUAACACGGGGUGGAUCCAGAUGUCCAGGAACUGGGGGGCAAAUUGGCAGUGCCUGGCUGGGCUGGAGAAGCAGCCGCUCAGCUUCGCGCUCACCUCCACCGGCGGGCAGUACCUCGUCUUCCAGGACGCCGUCCCCGCCGGGUGGCAGUUCGGACAGACCUUCAGCACCUAUCGCCAGUUCGACUACUAGAACAACGAGAUCGAAAUGUUGACUGUUCAUUGCACACGUUCUUCUUCUUCGAUUCAUUUGAUUUCGGUACAGUCGCUUGAUUCCUUGACAUGUUCAUUUUGCCUGUUAGAACGAACUGUGUAAAAGUCACUUAUUCAAAAUUCAUCAUUGAUUAUCUGAACGCCAAAUAUUUACAUACUGGAGAUUUUUCCAGCCAUCCUAAUACAGUACUCCCUUCUUCCCAUA